AUGGCCAUGUCUGCAAGAUUCUCGACGAAUCCCAUCUUUGAGAAGAUUGCCCCUAUUGAAAGGGCCGCCCCCUACUUCAAAGAAAGCCAAGCCUUCCUGAAUCUUCGAGACAUUUCGGUGUCGACUAUUCAAGCUUGUGUGCUUCUUGGCGCUGUAAGCAUAAGCGAUGGCGAAGCAGCAGCAGAAUCUGUCUUUUAUUCCGCGGCUUGCAGAAUCGCCAAUUGCCUCGAUUUGCCAAACAUGCAUUCACCAAGUCCCAUUAUACGAGAUCUCAACUUUCGAGUAUAUUGGACCCUUUGUAUGAUUGAUGUCUGGUCAUCGGAUGGCAUGAAUCUACCACGGCAAAUGACAAGGCGACAGGAUGUGCCCUUGCCGAUGGACGAAGAAGCAUUUCUCAGCCUAAGCCCUGGUAAUACCAGUGAUCUUGAUCUCCUCAUGAAUCCCGACCGGGACAACUCACUUCUGGCUCAGAUGAUCAAGCUGAAUAGCAUUCUCCUCGAAGUAAACGACUACAUCAAAGACCUGACAACCACCCAACUAUCCCUCAUUUCCGAACAGCGCGUUGCCGAUUUAUCCCAAAAGCUUGACAAUUGGCUGAUCGCACUACCGCACCACAUGCGCGACACUCCUGAGAACCUAAAAGCCUAUGCCGCCAAGGGCCUUGGUAGAAUCUUCGUCGCAAUUUACCUUGGAUACUAUCACUUUGGACAGCUCCUCUUUUAUCAAUAUCUUGACGAGCAGCAGCGCGGACUAAUUAACUCCUCAACAGUACAAGAGGGUGUCCAAAAGUGUAAAUAUCACGCCAUGUGUCUAUCGCGCAUCAUCGAUGCCGCCAUGGACACGCCCGGUUGUGACGUCAAGUACACCAUGGUCGGACACAUCACUGUCGUUGCUUCUUCAAUCCAUAUCCAUACUCUGCUGUUUGAAACGGACGAGAAGCAAAUUGGCGAAGCAAGAGGUCAGCUUGAAAGGAAUUUUAAUCAUCUCGUCGGACUAAGAAAAUACUGGGUGGCACUGGAAGUUUGCUUCUCGCGACUAAAGACUUUUCAUGAGCUGUGCCUUAAAAGUAUGGAUACCAGCUACAGGAUGGAUAGGUGGAUGUUGCGAUUUCUUACAGAGUUUGCAAGACCGAUUGAAGCUGAAGAACGGCAGGAUGGCGAGAAUAGUGAUUUGGAUUUCAACACCUGGAUUGGCGACAGUAUUGGAUGGUCUAACUGGGACGGCACUUCGGCACAAGUUGAUGCUUCAUAUUCAUAA